AUGCAAUUGCUCUUAGAUGAUGAAAGUGGAUCGCGUUCACCCUUACACAUUUCAUCCAAGGAUGACAGCUUUGAAUUCGACGAGGAAUCAAUGGUCAAGUUGGCAACACGUUUUUCCAUGGAUGAAGAUGAACAACUACGUCAAUAUCGGAAAUCUUUGAAUGAGGAACUAGCAACCAAUCAUCAAACUUGCCGACAUCAACUUGAUAUUGAAAUUGAAGAAUGA